UCUCACAGAAUGACAAUCAGCCAGAAUCUCCAGAGUACCCGGAUAUCAUCAAUGAACAUGGUGCCAUGGGUGAUGAGAAUGUGGAGCGGGGUAACUGGUCUUCGAAGACUGACUACUUGCUCUCAAUAGUUGGUAAUGCAGUGGGUUUUGGCAACAUCUGGAGAUUCCCUUACCUAGCUUACAGAAAUGGAGGAGGUCCGUUCCUUAUUCCCUACUCUCUCAUGCUGGCUCUUGUUGGGAUACCAUUGUUUUUCUUGGAAUCUUCCUUUGGGCAGUUUGCCAGCCUUGGGCCUGUUGCAGUGUGGAAAGCCGUGCCAAUGUUACAAGGUGUGGGGAUUACUAUGAUUUUUCUGAUCACAAUUUCCAAUAUUUCAUACAACUGCAUCCUCGCCUACAGUCUGUACUACCUGUUUGCUUCCUUCCAAUCACCCCUGCCGUGGGCAGACUGCUUCAGUUGGUGGGGAGCAGAUGAAACAUGCAGCAGGACUCCCAAAGAUCCACUGUGCAAUCUCAGUCUGGAUGAUGGAUAUUUUGAAAUUGUUAACACAACAUGGCUGCAGGCAAACAAUGAAACUUGUCCGAAUGGAUCAGAAAUCUUUGUUCCUCAACAGAGCCCAAGUGAGCAAUACUGGGAUAAAGUAGUUUUACGCCGUUCCAGUUCAAUGGAUGAGACAGUGGGGAUAGUUUGGGAUUUAGCCCUCUGUCUGCUUCUGGCCCGACUGAUAGUUGGGGCAGCCUUAUGGAAAGGAAUCAAAUCAUCAGGAAAGGUGGUUUAUUUCACUGUGACAUUCCCUUACGUGGUUCUGGCCAUACUCCUGAUCCGAGGGGUUACCCUGGAGGGAGCGUCUAAAGGAAUCGAAUUCUACAUCGGAAGCCAAUCAGACUUUUCCAAACUGGCUGAUGCUGAAGUCUGGAAAGAUGCUGCAACACAAAUUUUCUUUUCUAUCUCAGUGGGUUGGGGCAGUUUACUAACACUGUCAUCCUACAACAAGUUCCACAACAACUGCUACAGAGAUACCAUCGUUGUCAGUGUUGUUGAUUGUGCUACGAGUGUGUUUGCUGGGUUUGUCAUCUUCUCCAUCCUUGGACACAUGGCUCAUGUACAAGAUAAGCCUGUUUCAGAGGUUGCACAGUCAGGUUUUGGUUUGGUCUUCAUUGCCUACCCAGAGGCCCUUGCACAGUUGCCGUGGGCACCAUUAUGGUCUGUUUUAUUCUUCUUCAUGCUGCUCACUCUGGGAGUUGACACUCAGUUUCCAGGUUUAGAAACAAAUAUAACAGCCCUGCUGGACCAGUUCCCUACAUUUCUCCGAUCAAAACGCCUUCUUCUGACUGUUGGUGUUUGUUCAUUAUUUUAUCUGCUCGGCCUUCCAUGUGUGACUCAGGCUGGGAUUUACUGGUUGAAUUUUGUGGAUCAUUAUGCCACACACUGGGCUCUCAUUAUAACAGCCCUCCUGCAACUCAUUGGUCUCAGCUGGAUCUAUGGUCAGUGA